GGAAGGGCCAUUUCGUAUAUCUGUCAAAAUAUUGCGGCGCAGUGUAAUGGAUCAAGCGGAACUCAUCCUUCUCGUUAACCGUAACUAUACCGGCACAUACACCCACAAUAAUCGUUUGAUCAUUCAAAUCGUCAUCAGUAACUUCCAUUACAAUGAAGUACCACGGGCCACCAUGACUUCAAAACUUUGCUGGACAUAUUUGCGGUGUAAAAAGUAUGACCUUAUCAUUUUUCCAGGAUUCCGCAAGUUCUUCAGUUCGUCAACAUUUUGCUUAGAACCAGCCAGUUAUGAGGGAUUCAAGCUGAAAGUACUGCAAGCUAGUUAGAUUUUCGUUGGUAGAGUUUGCCAUCCUGAAGUCUGUCUUAGACAGCAAGUAAUGAUCACUGCUAUCCACGAGUGCAGUGAGUAGUUUAUAUGUACAUAUUCUACAGGAAAAAGCCUGUCACCUGUCAGACACACAU